AUGACGACGAGGAUUCGGACGACGACGGCCAGAACGAGGAAUAGGAAAAGGAAAGCUUCCUUUACAUCGCUUUCUCUGUUCAACGCCUUCUUUUUCUUCUUUGUCUUCUUCUUUUGUUUCUUCUUUCCGAAGUCUUCUUGGAAAGCGGAAGCAGUUCCCGACGGGGAAGGAGAGAACGAUCCGGAGAACGAGAAGAACACCAUCAAACGCAUGACCUCGUCGAAGAAGAACAACAAAACGUCGAACAAAAACGAAGAGAAUGAUGUCACGGUUGUCGUGGAUGGAAGAACUUCUUCUUCUUCGUUGACAUUCGAUGCGGUCCUCGCCUCGAUAAAACGGUUCAGUCUGGAGUCCGAUUUCGAGCUCGACUUAAUUCGCCAGAGACGCUUCUUACACGAAACGCCAGAGUUGAUGUGGAACGAACGAGAAACGGCUUCGUUUAUCAAGAAAGAGUUAGAAAAACUAGGAAUUGUGUACGAAGACGCGGCGGAACCGGGAAUAUUGGCGAGGAUUCCGUUGGAUGGUGACGACGACGACGACGGCGAAGGCGAAGGAGGAAACGGGAGCGGCGAGAGUACUACUACUAAGAAGAAUAAGAUCGCGGUGUUGUUGCGCGCGGAUAUGGACGCGUUGCCGGUGACGGAGGAGACAAAUUUGGAGUUUAAAUCGAAGAAUGAGGGGAAGAUGCACGCGUGCGGGCACGAUGGGCACGUGACGAUGCUGUUAGGCGCGGCAAAAUUGAUUAAGAAAGUUCUCGAGAGCGGCGAAGAGAUUCUACCGGACGAGGCGAGGCGAGGGAAGGUUGUGUAUUUGUUGUUUCAACCGGCGGAGGAAGGCGGCGCGGGCGCGAAGAAAAUGUUAGAGUCGAAGACCAUGCGAGAUAUGAAGAUACGACCGAGUACCGCGUUCGCUUUGCAUAACUGGCCGUACGCGGAAACGCCGAGUGGUUCGUUUGGAACGAGAGGAGGAACGAUAAUGGCAGGCGCGGGGACGUUUGAGAUUACGGUGACCGGGAGAGGCGGACACGCCGCCGUGCCGCAUAAAAAUGUCGACGCGGUUGUUUGCGGGGCGAAAAUUGUGACGGAUGUGCAAACUAUUGUCAGUCGGAAAACGAGCGCGCUAGAUUCGGUGGUGGUUACCAUAUCGACGUUUCACGCCGGGACGGUGAGCAACGUCAUGCCUGACGAGGCCAAAUUGACCGGUACGUUGAGAUCGUUGCAGCCGGAGACAUUUCGAUGGGCCAUGGAUGAACUGUCGAGAGUAGCUAACGCAGUUGGAUUGGCGAACGGGUGCGAAGUGGAGGUGAGUUUCGCAAGUAGAGAAGUGUACCCACCGACGGUGAACGAUGCGAAAGCGGCGGAGUUUGCGAAACGAGUGGCGAGAGAAAUAUUCGGGAAGGAGGAAGGUAAAGUGUUGGACGUGGCUCCGGUGAUGCCGGCGGAGGACUUUUCGUUUUUCGCGAACGAGUAUCCAAGCGUGAUGAAUUGGAUUGGUAGUUAUAAUCUAGAUAUAGGAGCGGUGCAUCCGUUACACUCGGCGAAGUUCAUUUUGGACGAGUCGAUUUUGAAAAACGGCGCCGCCGCGCACGCCGGGUACGCGCUCGGGUUUUUGGCUCUAAAUUCGACAAAGUUUUAA